AUAUCGGCCCCCAUCUGCAGCUUAUGAGCUGACUGGUGGACCUAUCCCUAUGCUCACCGAGCUGGCGUCAGACUGACUACUUGAAGCUUCAUUUCGCAGUGAUUGAUGCAGCAUUCGCAAGCAAAUUUUCCUCCUGCUUACUAUGCCUCUAACAACCGGAGAGGCUGCGCCGCACCCAUACGAUGGAAGCACUCGAUCGCGGUCUGACUCCGAAUUAGAACCUCCGCAAACGACAAACCAUUCUCGUUCACUAUUUUCGAAUGAUGGACGACCGCCCAGUCCAGCAGAGCACGUGUCUCCCAGUGGUGCCCCACUCAUUCACAAAAAUCCCAUGACCAAAAGCGAGAUUGAAACCACCGGUACAUGUCUCAAGUCUUCGUUAUGGAAUCUCCAUCUGCUGGCUCCGAUCAUGAUGAUGGUCACGUUUCUCCUUGGGAUCGCAUUCUCUCUCGGCCAUCACUUUUAUUAUACAUGGCUGGAUGGCCAGAUUGUUCUGAGCACUAAUAGGCAACAAUGGGCGCUUCGAUUCGGAAACGUCUUUGCUUUCCUCGCAAAGGUUUGCUUCUGCAGUGCGGCACAGAUUGCAUUCACCCAAUGGUUAUGGAGAACCGUACGACGGGAAUACAUUAGCAUCCGAGGCAUUGACGCUGCCUUUUCGUUGAAUGAGACACUGCUCUCAUUUUUAAACCUCGAAAUGCUUCUAAAAAUAAGAGUUGGGGCGUUGCUUGCAGUUGUUAUAUGGUGUAUACCACUGAUUGCACUUGUAACUCCUGCCACAUUGUCUGUAAAAGCCGGCUCUCACCAAAGCAUUUCCCUCGCAAACGUUCGAGUCCCUUUAAUGCCACAGAACAUUCUUUUGAAUCCAUUGUCUGCCACUUUACAGGAUGACUCAAAAACAGCAUUGUCAAAAUGGGUAUCUUUGGACAUUUCUUUGAUGGGAAUUGUCUUGGUUGCGCUGAAUGAUAAUUCACCUCAACUCGCGGAAUUAAUUCAAUCAACGGCUACAACCGGACAAGUCUUCAACAUUCCAUCACCAUUCAAAGAAGGAAACUCAAGCUACUCCGUGGAAUUUAUCGCCCCAAAGGUUGAAUGUGAGGAGUCUUCCCCGGAGGUUGCACGCAACACGACAAUUUCCGCCGUUAUCUCAAUGAACCAUACGAUAGGCGGCUCUAAGCAAGAAAACCCUUAUCCUUUUAACAUCUCCGGGAUCGAUUUCGAGCAGCUCAUCAAUUACCGUGGCUACCAAUACUAUCCUCUGAAAAUGCUGUACAAUUCGGAAAGUAUAAAAUACUUCGCCCUAAUUCCGUUCGAAAGCGCUGCAGACCCUGUACAGGAGACGGUAUCGAGCUUGGACGAAACCACAUAUAAAACAGAGAAGAAUGAGCUUAGGGUCAUUAUUGAAGACCACGACCCGGUCACGAAUGAUGUCAGGCCAUCGUCUAUCACUUGCCAGCUAUGGAAUGCCACUUGGAAGGUCAACGUUACCACCAGAGACAAUAUUCAAACCGUCAAGCCGACAGAGAUCAAAUUACUCAACACCGUUCUCAAUACGCUUACUUCAUGGACUCUUAAUCCUAACGACAAAUCUUGGGUUGAGGAAAGAAGGAAGUCACCCACCAACUUAACCCAAGCCCUCUACACGUCAUUCUUCACCGGAAUAACGAAACCUCUACUGGGACAUAUAGUGGCUGUUACAGAGUACAACACCAAUGAUACGCAGCGGACAACAACAAUCGGAGAAACUGUCCUUACAGGAUCUGAUGAAUACGUUGCAAUGUUCCAGAACACCGAUUCGGGGGUUAAUAACACCUUGAAAGAGACCCACAAACCUUUGAAAAUUAUGAUUGAGGAAUACGCUCAAAACGUUACGCUGAACCUAAUGACCAGCGACUAUUUUAGCACAACGAUCGAACGGCCUGUUAGUCGUGAAGAACGGGUGACGGUCUACACCUAUGAACAAAAGAACCUCUUGAUCGCCUACGGUGCCGCUACAAUCUGCACCUUGCUCACAAUCUCUAUGGGCGCAUACGCCUUCAGGUCGAACGGCAUAAGCUACAACUCAAUGGUCUCGACCAUCAUCUGCACCACGCAGAAUCCUGAUAUCAGAGAAGUGGUCGGUGACCGCACACUCGGCUGCCAGCCUUUAGCAGAAGAUAUAGCGCAGACGAAGCUUCGAUUUGGUAUUGUUCAGAAGCGGAGUUAUUCCCAUGACGGUUUCGAUGAGAGUCAUAUCGGGUUUGGUGUUGAAGGGACAGUUAGCCCAUUGCGAGCUCCGAGAAAGAUAAGUGAGCAAAAGUUGGAAAUCCAUUAACAGAGUUUUAGUAGCCGUCACGUCGAGGCGCAUAAUAUCACAUGUGCAAAAUGAUAUAUUCAGU